AUGUCAGAAAUGAUGGCAAUAGAUGGGUCAAGUAUAAAUAAUACAGAUUACAUUGAUGAAAAUAAUAUAACUGAAAACUCAUUGCUAUCAAGAAAUUCAUUUGAGUGCAUCGGUUAUUAUGGCGCUGAAAUGACAAGAUCGAGAGAAUACCGAGAUUCAAAACCAGAAAGAAAGAUUGGCUGUUUUUCGCUGCAAUUUUACAGCAUAGUUACAUAA